UUUUUUUUUUUUCCCCCCGUUUUCCUCUACCCCUACGGUUCACCUGGUCAGCUAGACCACAAGCUUUCUCGCUCUAGAACGCACUACCUCUUUCUCUCUCUAGCAAUGACGAAGACGAAGAAGCUUCUGAGGUCAAAUAGUGGCAGAAUUUCCACCCACAGUACAAUGCGACUCGAAUUGGCGAAACCGGAGGGACUGGAUUCGAAUUUUGCGAAGGCGGAAUUCUUGACCCCGUGUAUGAUGCUGCCAUCUUCGGUGCCGCGAAAAAGGUACAAGAAAAUUGAAGAGAUUUUGGCGGUGGCCAAGUAUGCCGUGGUGGAACGAGCUGAUUACAGUGAUGUGAGCUGUGAGGAGUGUGGUUCUGGUGAUCGACCUGAUGAGCUGCUCCUGUGCGAUAAAUGUGAUAAGGGGUUCCACAUGAAUUGCCUGAGGCCUAUCGUUGUCAGGGUUCCCAUUGGAUCCUGGCUUUGCCCGAGCUGUUGUGGACAAAGAAGAGUAAGAAGAUUUUCACAGAAGAAGAUUUUUGACUUUUUUAGGAUUCAGAAGUGUUCUGAUGCGAUGGACAGUUAUCUGUCUCCACAAGAUUCUAGAAAGCGUCGGAGAAGGUGGGCGCCUCCAGUAUUUCAGAAGAAGCGGAGGAGACUCUUGCCAUUCAUUCCACACGAAGAUCAUGCCCAGAGGCUGAAAGAGAUGAGUUCACUUGCCUCCGCCUUGACAGCAUUACAGAUGGAGUUCAGUGAUGAUCUACACUACUUGCCGGGAUUAGCACCUCGAUCAGCCAACCAGGCCAAGUUCGAAAUUGGUGGCAUGCAGGUCCUUUCGAAAGAAGAUAUGGAGACAUUGGAGCAUUGCAGAGCUAUGUGUAAGAGAGGAAUGUGCCCACCUCUUAUAGUGCGUUUCGAUCCAUGCGAAGGUUUCACUGUUGAGGCGGAUGCCCCGAUAAAGGAUAUGACUCUAAUCACAGAGUAUGCAGGUGAUGUUGAUUUCCUUGAGAACCGGAAGACUGAUGACUGUGACAGCAUCAUGACCCUUCUCUUGGCGAGUGAUCUAUCUAAGUGUCUCGUCAUUUGCCCAGAUAAACGUGGAAACAUAGCUCGCUUUGUUAACGGGAUUAAUAACCACACCAUUGAGGGUAAGAAGAAGCAGAACUGCAAGUGCGUGAGGUACGAUGUGAAUGGUGAAUGCCGGGUCUUUCUGGUUGCUACUCGCGAUAUUGCCAAGGGCGAGAAGCUAUAUUAUGACUACAAUGGAUAUGAGCAUGCAUACCCUACUCACAACUUCAUCUAGGAAAGCCAUACGAUGAUCUCUGAAUUUUCCCAGCAUGGUGGUCACUGGUGGGAAUGUGAUGAAUCACUUUUGGCGGUAAAUUUGUUUUGCACAGCUUAGAUAUUGCUGCGGAGUACGAUUAUUUGGCCCCUUAUCGAGCAGAGAUGGAAGAGGUUAUUCUUAGCUAAAUCUAGUUAGUGUAAAAAGGUUAGGUACAACAACAAAGAAAAUUCCUCCAUGAAAUACAGCUGGUCUUAAAAGUUACAUGGAAGAUCAAGACAGGUAUAGAUACAUAUCUUUCUUGUCUUGGAACAUUUUUCUGAAUAAAAAGAGAAUUUCCAUUUUAUCUAA